CUCCGCCUUCUCACAAAUGCAUUGGCUAAGUGGCUAAACAGCGACACUCCUUUAGCUGUGAUUGGUCAUUUUGUGUCGUCGGGCAUACAGGCCACAGCUAGGACUGGUGAUACAGGACAAGAACGUACGAGAUAAAUAAGCUCAGCUGGCUUGAAUGCUGCAGGCCUUGCCUAAACUGAGCAGAGCAGCAAAGCGUGUCUGGCGACUGGGAGCCCAGGUCACUGCUAUGUCCCAAACCAAUCAGUGCAGUACCGCCUCCAAGUGUGAUGGGGACGCUGUCACUGCUGCGAUCCUUAUUAUUGGCGAUGAGAUACUGAAGGGACACACCCAGGACACGAACAGUGCCUUCCUGUGCCGAGCUCUCCGUAAGCUGGGCGUUUGCGUGCAGCGCAUCACGGUGGUGCCGGACCAGCAGGACCUGAUCGCCAAAGAGGUUCAGUCCCUGUCCUCCCUCUACACCCACCUGAUCACCUCGGGGGGCAUCGGCCCCACCCACGACGACGUGACCUUCGAGAGCGUGGCGCUGGCCUUCGGCGAGCAGCUGUACCCGCACCCGGAGCUGGCCCAGCUGGUGAAGGAGUUCUUCGGCGCGGUGGACACGGAGAGCGCUGCCAUGAAGCUAGCCAUGGUGCCCGUGUCCUCCAAGCUGAACUACGGGACGGACCCCCAGACGGGGCAGCUGCUGCGCUACCCUCUGGUCAGCGUGCGUAACGUCUACAUCUUCCCCGGGAUCCCGUCCCUCCUGGAGCGCGCGUUCAGUGGACUCUCGCACCUGUUCGCCGGCUCCGGGACCACCUUCCACACGCAGGAGGUGUUUGUGGACGCUGACGAGGCUGCCAUCGCGCCCGUGCUGACGCGCCUCCAGGCCGGCUGGGGGAAGAGGGUGUCUCUGGGCUCGUACCCGGACUGGCUGAGUAACUACCACCGUGUGCGGCUGGUGCUGGACUCCAACAGCGCAGAGGAGGUGGAGCGUGCCCGGAGCCAGCUGCUGGACGAGCUGCCCAAGGGGAGCGUGGUUCCCCUGGUGACCGACCCGGUGUCCCUCGCCACCGCGGAGGUGUACGCACUGGGGAACAGCGGCACCCCAGUGGGGGAGAAAGUUGCGUCGGCGCUGAGGACCAUUGAGACGGCCUUGGACCGGUACUCUGCAGGAGAGAUCUGUGUGGGCUUCAAUGGGGGAAAGGACUGCACAGCCCUACUGCACCUGUACUACGCUGCUCUGAAGAGGAGGUACCCGGAGGGUAAAGACCGUGUCAAGGCACUUUACAUUCGAAUCGUCUCUCCCUUUCCCGAGAUGGAGAGAUUCCUGCAGGACACCAUAAAGAGGUACGACCUGGACCUGUUCUCCGUGGAGGGCAGCAUCCGGCAGGCCCUGAGCGAGGUGCAGGAGCGGCGGCCUGAGCUGAGGGCGGUGCUCAUGGGCACCAGGCACAGCGACCCGUACUCCCACACCCUCACGCCCCUGUGCCCCACCGACCCGGGCUGGCCUGAGUACAUGAGGGUCAACCCCCUGCUGGACUGGACAUAUCAUGACAUCUGGUCGUUCCUAAGGACCCUCUAUGUGCCGUACUGCAUCCUGUAUGACAAAGGCUACACCUCCCUGGGCAGCAUGGACAACACCACCAGGAACCCCGCUCUACAGGCGGUGGACGGCAGGGGCGUGACCCGCUACAAGCCAGCCUAUCACCUGGUGAAUGAGGAGGAAGAGCGUAAUUCCAGGGAGUGACGUCACCGGCGAUGCCCUACUGCAUAACCCACCCGCCCCGCCGUGCAUAUGAACCCGUCAUAGGCUGAGGAGAGCAGGCUGAGGAGAGCAGGCUAUGGAAGGAAUCAUGUCAAGGAGGGAUCGGAGAAAUUACUGAGAUUAAACAGACAGGUCAUAAACGGGGGGAAGCAGUGGCCUCAGAUC